UGUUGACUACAUAGUAAUCAUUUCUGGGGACUUUAAAAAUAUACAAAAACAAUAAAACAAAGCUAAACAAUAAAAAAACGUUAAUUUAAUUUGAGAAAUGGAACAGAAAUGGGAUGCACACGCCGCGCAGGCUUCCGCCUUUUUUAUGAAAUCCAGCACCGGAGUCACUUGCCGCGUUCUAGCCACCUCGGACAUCGAUCUGUGGCAGACCUCGGAGGCCUUCUUCACCUUGAUCACAUACCUAAACGACCUCAGCACCGAGAUCCAGGGAGUCCUUGGCACAGCCGACUUUCCCGUAAGCGAGAACAUACGUCGUUUGACGACCAUUUUUGACAAACUGGACGCAAUAAUCAACACGAGUCCGCCGGCUCCCCAAGUCGUCGAUACCUUGGCCAGUGCUUCGCUGGAUCUGGGGAACAAGGGCUACCGGCGGUUUUCACGGAGCAUGCAUAGGGACAUCUACCAGAUACUGGAGGGAGCGCUGCCAACGACGAAGUGCCGCUACGUGAACGAGCUGGGACACUACCUGUCGGGGGCCUUUGGCAGCGCCACAAAGAUCGAGUACGGGACGGGGCACGAGAUGAGCUUCCUGUUCUUCAUGUGCGGCCUGUUCGAGGCGAAGAUUUUGCGCCGGAGUGUGGAUCUGGCCUCCUCCGGCUUGAUCCUGUUCGAUCGGUAUCUGAAGUUCGUGCGCCGGAUGCAGGUCACCUACUCGGUGGUGUCGGCGAACAGCCAAGGAGCCUAUGCCUUGGACAAGUUUCAGUUCGUGCCGUACAUCUGGGGAGCCGCUCAGCUGUGCUACAACGCUCCGUUCUCCCCCCAGAAAAUGCUCGACAAGGAUACCAUGGAGCAGUACAAGGAGUACAUGCUGAUCGACUGUGUGCGUCAUGUGGCAGAAACAGAAGUUGGCCCCUUUGCCCGCCACUCCAGUCAGCUCUGGAGCCUGGCGGCCCUGUCCUCAUGGACGAAGAUCCAUCGCGGUCUUAUGUUCAUGUACAUGGAGGACAUCCUUCUGGACUUUGAUGUGCUAAGUACACUGGGCUUCGGUGAACUGAUGUCCUUCGAGAAGGCAAAAUCUGGCCGACAGCUGGGACAUGCCCGCCUGGGAGUAAUGUCCCCACUGAGCUGCCAACAGUCCUCCUCAAGUUCGAAGAUUGACUUGGCCGCAGCGGAUAAUGUCUACAGCGAUGCCCUGUCCAACAGCGGAUUGUCCAUGGGCAGUGCCUGCUCAUCGCUCAGCGGCGUCAAUAUCCACCUGCCCACUUGGAUAGAAGAGGAGUCGCCCAAUUAGCAAUAGUUGUAUCCAGUUUUGUGAACAACAAAUUAAAUUAUGUUCGGUCUGCCGCAACGUCGUCUUAAAGUUUUA